AGCAAAGAAAUUACUUGUUACUUGAUUAUUUUCUUAAUGCACCAAAAAAAGAAAAAUGCCAGUUCCUAGAUUAUUAUUUUAGUUUUAUGUUGAUCUUGAUUAUUAUUUUUAAGUGAGCUCCUCUCCUUGCAAGCUGUGAAAGUUACAGACGAGUCGAUCAGGAAACUGUAAUGUAAUGAAUAGUCAAGCACCAAAAACCAAACAGAGCAGCCGUUGAGGUGGUUGAGCUCGUCUUCUGGUUUCAUCUUUCUGGUUUCGAUCAAAUCGAGGAAUGCACUUCGCCAUCCCUACAAAACCAAACCAACCUAAAUCUGCAAAACCCCUCAUUUCCUCAUCUUCUCCGCCUCUCUCACAACCCCAACACUCCUCACUACCCUCUUCCAUUACCCAACUCCUCCGCACUACCCACAUGGCCAACGUUGUUCACCUGUCCUCUUCCUUCGUCCCCUCCUCCUCCCUCCUCCGCCGUUGCACCACCCUCCCUCCGCCGUGCUCCACUCGCCACAAAACCCAAAUCCAAGCCAAGAUCCGGGAGAUCUUCAUGCCCGCCUUGAGCUCCACCAUGACCGAAGGCAAGAUUGUGUCGUGGGUCAAGUCCGAAGGCGACAAGCUGUCCAAAGGCGAGAGCGUCGUCGUGGUCGAAUCCGAUAAAGCCGACAUGGAUGUGGAGACUUUCUACGAUGGGUAUUUGGCCGCCAUCAUGGUUGAUGAAGGCGGCGUGGCCGCCGUGGGGUCUGCAAUUGCACUGCUCGCUGAGAGCGAGGACGAGAUUGCUGUGGCCAAGUCUAAGGCCAAUUCGUCGGGGUCUAUAUCAGCGGCCGCGGUUUCUGACCCGCCUCCUCCGGAGAAGACAGUUGAGGCUGUAGCCCCGGCGGUGGCGGCAGCUCCGGCGAAAGUGGCUGCGGCAGGUGAAUUGGUGGUGGCGUCAAGUCAUCCUGCGGCAGAAGGGGGGAGGAGGGUUGUGGCUUCCCCCUAUGCGAAGAAACUGGCGAAGGAGUUGAAGGUGGAUUUGGGUAAUGUGGUGGGGAGCGGGCCAAUGGGGAGGAUCGUGGCCAAGGAUGUUGAAGCUGCUGCUGCUGCUGUUUCCUCCAGCUCGUCAAGUGUUGCAACAGAGGCUCCAACACCAACAGUUGGUUAUGCUCCGGCUAGGGUAUCUGCCAGUCCCGACAUUGAGUUGGGGACAGUUGUUCCAUUUACUACAAUGCAGGAUGCAGUUAGCAGGAACAUGUUGGAGAGUCUCACGGUGCCCACCUUUAGAGUUGGCUACACAAUCACGACUGAUGCACUUGAUGCUCUGUACAAGAAGAUUAAGUCAAAGGGAGUAACAAUGACGGCUUUGCUUGCAAAGGCAACGGCACUUGCUUUGGUCAAACAUCCUGUUGUGAAUUCUAGCUGUAGAGAUGGUAAGAGCUUCACAUAUAAUAGCAGUAUCAACAUUGCGGUUGCUGUGGCUAUGGAUGGUGGGUUGAUUACGCCUGUGCUUCAGGAUGCUGAUAAGGUUGAUAUUUAUUCGUUGUCAAGAAAGUGGAAGGAAUUAGUUGAUAAGGCUCGGGCAAAACAACUUCAGCCUCAUGAGUACAGUACAGGAACUUUCACGCUCUCUAACCUUGGAAUGUUUGGUGUUGAUCGGUUUGAUGCUAUUCUGCCCCCUAGAACUGGGGCUAUCAUGGCUGUUGGAGCAUCUCAGCCCACUGUUGUUGCUACCAAGGAUGGUCGCAUUGGCAUGAAGAACCAGAUGCAGGUCAAUGUCACAGCAGAUCAUCGUGUAAUAUAUGGUGCUGAUCUGGCUUCAUUCUUGCAAACCCUAGCAAAGAUUAUUGAAGAUCCUAAGGAUCUUACCUUCUAAUCUCUUCUCACUAGUGUCACUGAGUGGUGCCUUCCAGGUUCUCCCCUUUCUUGAGAUCUCUCAUCCUCUACGGAGUAACUCAUGUUGAGAACAUCAGAAGCUGAUUGUUUCCUGUUCAAUUAAGAGGGGAAAGAGCAGAAUUUUGAAAAGAAAUGUUUAUUUUGUUUCUUUUUUCUUCUUAGGUUUUCCCUGUUAUUUGCUGUGAUGUUUCAAACAUUUCCAUAAAAUAUAUAUAUAUUUUACCAUUUUAAAA